UCAGUUCCAGGGCUGCUUCGCAACUCGUUCAGCGCUGUAUACGUCAUUACGUCGCUACGUUUGCAUAAACCUUGGCGCGAAUAUCGAAGCAAAAACAACACGGAAGAAGCAGCAGCAACAACAAUAAUAAUAAUAAUAAUGGAUGACUUCAGUUCUCCUGAAGUGAAAGUGUUUCUCUUUCAGCUGAGACGCAGUUUUGUUGCUAUUGGGAGACAAUAAUAAUACAAACUCCAACUCCAGGCAGAACCGGUGAGAUUAAUGAAGCCCAGCAUGGAGUGCUGAGUAAAAGAGUGAAAUUCAUUCAAUUCAAGAGUAAUCCAAAAUAUCAGCGUCUUCAGCAGUCGGCAGUGUGUCCAUGAGCUGUGUCCACACACGAUUAUUAAAAAAUGGAGAGCUAUCCUCUCCACACAGAUGAUGCAACCGGACCCUCAACAGAAAGGAUGCACAGUGAACUCCAGAUGAAGAGAUCAGACUCACCAGAACCCAGCUGUGUCUCCCUGAAGAGUGAUGCGUCUAUGGAUCCUCCUUUGCGAUUUAAAAAUAGAAUCUCUUCAUCUAUACACAGUGAACUCCAGAUGAAGAGAUCAGACUCACCAGAACCCAGCUGUGUCUCCAUGAAGAGUGAUGCGUCUAUGGAUCCUCCUUUGCGAUUUAACACUGGGAACCCCUCAUCUGUCCCCAGUGAACUCAAGAGAAAGAGAUCAGACUCACCAGAACCCAGCUGUGUCUCCCUGAAGAGUGAUGUGUCUAUGGAUCCUCCUUUGCGAUUUAAAAAUAGAAUCUCUUCAUCUAUACACAGUGAACUCCAGAUGAAGAGAUCAGACCCACCAGAACCCAGCUGUGUCUCCAUGAAGAGUGAUGCGUCUAUGGAUCCUCCUUUGCGAUUUAACACUGGGAACCCCUCAUCUGUCCCCAGUAUUUUACAGACGGCAGGAGGCAGAAGAGAAAAGAUCAUCACAGAUCGAGGACACGCCCCAGAAUCUGCUGCUGGAAAUGAAGUCCAGAAAAAAUUCAGAUUAAAUCUGAGGAAGAAGUUUCAGUGUUUAAAUGGAGUGAUAAUAAAGCAGGAAAACCGAGUGCUCCUGAAUGAGAUUUACACAGAGCUCUACAUCACAGAGGGAGACAGUGGAGACGUCAAUAAAGAACAUGAGGUGAGUCAGAUCGAGGCAGCGUCCAGGAGAAAAACAACAAAGGAAACACCAAUCAAAUGCAACGACAUCUUUAAGCCCUUAUCUGAAGAAGACGAACCCAUUAGAACUGUAGUGACGAAGGGAGUGGCUGGUAUCGGAAAAACAGUCUCUGUGCAGAAGUUCAUUGUGGACUGGGCUGAAGGGAAAGCAAAUCAGGACGUCCACCUUAUAUUUCCACAUCCUUUCAGAGAGCUGAAUCUGAUGAAGGACCAAAAACUGAGUCUGAUGGAGCUCCUUCAUGUCUGUUUUAAGGAAACUAAAGAAACAGAAAUGUCCAGGUUGGAAAAGGUUCUGUUCAUUUUUGAUGGAUUGGACGAGUGUCGUUUCCCUCUGGAUUUCCAGAACACAGUGAGAGUGUGUGAUGUAACUGAAUCAGCAUCAGUGCGUGUGCUGCUGAUAAACCUGAUCAAAGGGAAUCUGCUUCCCUCUGCUCUCAUCUGGAUCACCUCCCGACCAGCAGCAGCUGAUCAAAUCCCCUCUGAGUACGUCCAUCGAGUCACAGAGGUACGAGGGUUCAAUGACCCACAGAAGGAGGAGUACUUCAGGAAGAGGGUCAGUGAUCAGAGCCUGGCCGAGAACAUCAUCACACACCUGAAGUCAUUAAGAAGCCUGUACAUCAUGUGUCACAUCCCAGUCUUCUGCUGGAUUUCAGCCGCUGUUCUCGAGAGAAUGUUGGGUGAAGCAGAGAGUGGCGAGAUCCCCAAGACUCUGACUCAAAUGUACACACACUUCCUCAUCAUUCAGACAAACAUCAUCAGAGGAAAGUACUCAAAGAAGCAGGAGAGUGAUGAAGAAAUGCUUCUCAAACUGGGAAAACUGGCUUUUCAACAGCUGGAGAAAGGCAACCUGAUCUUCUAUGAGGAAGACCUGAGAGCGUGUGGCAUUGAUGUGACAGAAGCAGCAGUGUACUCAGGUGUGUGUACGCAGAUCUUCAGAGAGGAGGUUGGGCUUCACCAGAGUAAAGUGCACUGCUUUGUUCAUCUGAGCAUUCAGGAGCAUCUCGCAGCUCUGUAUGUGCAUCUGACCUUCAUGAAGGAAAAGAGAAAUGUUCUUGUUCACCGUCGGUCCAAGACAAUUUCAGAUGUACACAAGAGUGCUGUAGGUCAGACCUUAAAAAGUCAGACUGGACAUCUGGAUCUGUUCCUCCGCUUUCUUCUGGGUCUCUCACUGGAGUCCAAUCAGAAACUCUUACAUGCCUUAGUAACACAGACAGGAAGUAGCUCCCAGAGCAAAGAGGAAACAGUUCAGUACAUUAAGAAGAAGAUUAGUGGAGCUCUUCCUGCAGAAAAAUCCAUCAAUCUGUUCCACUGUCUGAAUGAACUGGGUGACGAUUCUCUAGUGGAGGAAAUCCAACACUACGUAAAAUCUGGAAAACAAAGUAAACUCUCUGCUUCACAGUGGUCUGCUCUGGCGUUUGCGUUACUGACUUCAGCACAGGAGCUGGAGGAGUUUGACCUGAGUAAAUAUACCAGGACAGGGAAGAUACCAGAGUGGGUUCUUCUGAGGAUGAUACCUGUGAUUGCAGCAUCCAGAAAAGCAAUUGACAGCGCAGCGCUGACGUCACACAGCGCAGUGGAGCGCCACGUAUCCGUGCUUUGGGGAAAGCCCUGCAAAUUACACCACUAUUGCAGGCUCCAGUGUCCAAUAAACAUUGAGGUGUGGGGUUUUUCUUUCCCCCUGUGUAAAACCUUCACUGAGUGUCGUUGUGGAAAAUCUUUUCCUUCACAUCUCUUCACAUUAAAUUUGUGUUGUAGCUGA